ACUUCGUUCUGCAAGGACUGAACUAGAGUCAGGAGAGCCAGGUCAGGGGAGAAGGAGGGAAGCACAGCACUCACCGGCUGGUAGCCAGAAGAGACACACUUUUGGGGCUGCUCCUAAAAGUUUGGUCUGUGAACAAAACCGUUUCCCUGGUGACUGCGAAUCCACUGCUAGCCGUCUCUUUCUCUUCUCCCCAUCAUUCCUGUGUGGUACCCAGAAGUUGACUUCUGGUUCUGUAUAAAGAGCUGGGGGAGGUAUGAUGUGUCUAAAAAUCCUGAGAAUCAGCCUGGUGAUUCUGGCUGGGUGGGCAUUCAGUACUGCCAGCUCUGAGCCAGGCUGGCCACGCAAGAGAUCCGUGGCUCAGAGGGGACACCUGAACCAGGUGCUGUUGGAAGGAGAACGCUGUUGGCUGGGGGCCAAGCUGAGAAGACCCAGAGCUGCUCCCCAGCAUCAUCUCUUUGGGGUCUACCCCAGCAGGCCUGGGGACCACCUGAUACCCUACCCUGUGGGGGGUCAGGGAACCCGCCAUGCAGGACACAGUAAACCAGAUGCCGCGGGGGGCCUGGCCACGAGCCCAGCCAGAAGUGGGGGGCCGAGGGGUGAAGCUGAGCAGCCAGCCACCUCGUGGAACUGGCAUGAUCCUCCUGGGCGGGCUGAGCUGCGGAGAGACAGUGACACUUAUCCUGGCGAUGGAGGAUCCAAGGAGAUUCCAGGUGAGGCUGAGACUCAGGAGCACUCGGCCACGGCCGCCACCGUUACCAGCACCUUCGUGGGCCCAAAGGAACCCCAACCCGAGAGCCGAAGGAACGGCCGGGCCAAGACCAGGCAUCGCCGUCAGGUGGUGAAGGGGCAGGCGGGGGGCGUGCGGGGAGACCCCGGUGUCCCCCUCCGGCAUUUCCAGCCUCGGCCUGAGCAUCCUCUUGGGCACGGGGGCAGAACCAGUCUGACAGCGGACAGCAUCCAGAAGGGUGGAGGGGACCCCCACUGGGAAGCAGAGACCUUUAACCCCCGCGGAGGCUUGCCGGUCUUGUACUUCUCGGGGAGGCGGGGGCGGCUGCUGCUGCGCCCCGAAGUGCCGGCUGACAUUCCCCGGGAGGCCUUCACGGUGGAAGCCUGGGUGAGACCAGAGGGAGGACAGAACAACCCAGCCAUCAUUGCAG